UUUGAACGUCAUCUCCAAGCAAUGGCUCUGAUGACAUCGGCAAGAAGACUAUUUCAUGUUUCGUUCCGAGAAAAUUCUCUACGACGAACAGAAGCACUCAUUUCAGCAACAAACACAACGUCGGGGAACUUAUCAUUGGCCGGUCAGAGAAUGGCCUGUAUUCGUGUAAGGGAUUUUAGCACCAACYCACAACCUCUUAGAGCUGACAAUAAGGUGACGGUCCACUUCAUCAAUCGAGAUGGAGAGAAGAUCUCUGUCAAAGGCUCUCCUGGAGACUCUCUCCUAGAUGUCAUUAUCGACCAGGACCUCGAUUUCGAUGGGUUCGGUGCAUGUGAGGGGACACUGGCCUGUUCUACCUGUCACCUGAUCUUUGAGGAAGACGUGUAUAAUAAGCUGGGCCCCAUUACUGACGAGGAGAUGGAUAUGCUGGACCUGGCCUAUGGACUCACAGACACGUCCCGCCUGGGUUGCCAGAUCUGCCUGACCAGGUCCCUGGAAGGCAUGACAGCGAGGGUGCCUGAGAGUGUGGCAGACAUCCGACAGAGUGGAGACGGGUCCUCAUAAUGGCAACCCCAGACCAGAGUAAUAGAUGUACUGAAAUUUGCCCAAAUCAACGCUUUAUUUCAACACUAGCAUGACCAAAUAAUGCCCAAUUCUAAGUGGUAUGCUGGUAUAAAUGUUGAAAUGGAAGACACUGUAUUUAUAGAGAUUAUGAGAUAUUAACAUUUGAAUGAGUCCCCAUCACAGUUUUACAUUCACUUUAUACAGGGAACAAUGGGGAAAGUUGGCAAAUAAUUCCUCUGUGCCAAGCAGGUUCUGGAGAAUAGAAGAAAGUUUAGAUGGAAGUCUACAAUCAGCCCCCCCCCCCCCCCC